GGUGAAUAUAAAACACUUCCUUAUUUUUGAGUAAAAGUAGACAACAAAUGCAAUCCUAUUUUAAUUGCAAAUCAACAGAAAUCUCAAAAUCCAGUCAAAAUUGGAUUUCAUCGCUUUGUUUUGAUUUACAAAAGAAACUGGAAGUACGUACAGAAACCCUCUUGGCUUUAUUUUCACUCUUUGGUUUCCCAACCAUUUGAGUUCGGUUUUGGUCAUUGUUUAGAGUCACUGUCGCCAUCUGGUGGCGUAGCGGCAAACUGCUGCCUCGUUGCCCAUCCCGCUUUGAUAGUGACCACCAAAAUGACCCGUGGCUGGCCUCUACCUCUUUUAUUCAGACGGAAAUAAAAAAAGAGAAGAAAGAUUCAAUUCAUGCGUUCGUGUUAUGUAUAUGAAAUAUAUUUUUUUUAAUUUUUGGACUUCAGAAAUCAUUUUAGGGCCCUUUAAGACGUGGAUGGAGAAAUGUGGUGCUACCAGAAACCGGGCUUCGAAGCCCUCCUCCUCGCUGAGCUACAGAGACAACAACAGUGCAGCCAGUUCUGUGACACUUUGCUCAAAGCUGGAGGUGUUUCAGUCCCAGCACACAGUUGCAUUCUGUCAGCCAUCAGCCCUCACAUCUCCUCGGCUCUGUCGUCCUCACCGGCGCCCCCUUCUGGGCAGAGCCGUCUCCUGGAGUUCCAGGCACUGGGCGCCUGCACCCUGCUGCACAUCAUCCGGCUCCUUUACUCCGGAGAGAUGGCUGGGGAGGGGGAGGACGAGAAGCAGGAGGCCAUUUACGCUGCAGCCAAGCUCGGCAUCAGCGACUUGGUGGAGGUGACGAAGAGCAGAGGAAGGUUUGGUGGAGGGACAGAGCAGUACACGGAGGUAGGGGUCCAAACGGAGCCACAGAGUACAGAGGAGCAGGAGGGGAGGCUGGUCAGAUGGAGGAGAGAGGUGAGGGAUGGGUCCACCUAUCUGUGGAAAGACACGGAGGUGUCAGGUGGAGGAAGAGACAUGUGGACUCAAACUGAGGAACAGCUUGUCAACUCAUGUCCUCCUGUCCCCUCAGUGGUCCCCUAUGAGACCAUCGACAUGAGCGUCCUCCAGAGUUUAGGACAGACAGAUUCUCAUCAGCUUGUCACGCUCAUCUAUCCACCUGAAAAAAACCAAACGCUGCAGUACACCUCUGCUCCACCAGGCUGUCUGCAGGAAUCCACCACACCUGGAAGCACAUCUGUCGCCAAAAUGACGCCACAGUACGCGCCUCUUCCUGCUCCUCUUCCUGCUCCUCUUCCUCAUUUCUCCACCCAGACGGCUCCCUGUGUGGCUGAUUCUCAGAGCUGCUGGGCCGACCUUAACCCAGAGGAGUGGGAAGGAAAGAGUUUGGAGCAGUUUGAGGGAAACAUCGUGGGAUUCAUCAACCACUUCCUGAACCCGGAGAAGAGGGAGAGCCCUCGCAGGGGGUGGGCAGGGAGGAGGCCAAGGGGUGCCCAGGCAGCCAAGAGCGGACAGGAGAGGACCAGGAGACCCAGAAGGAGGGCUGGAGGGAGGGGGCGAGGCGCGUUCACUCAGAAAGUGGAUGUGCAGGAGAUUGGGGUGGGCAAACUGCAGAAACUGUUCCUGCACAGGUGGAGGGUGAGGACGCCCAGAGCAGGUCAGGGUGGGGGCGCUGUAGGUAGGAGGUUGCACCAAAAGACCAGGGAGGAGCUGGAGCCGGCCAAGAAGAAGCCAAGGAGACGUGGAAAUGUGUUUGAGGAGGACCAGAGUCAGGAGGCGCAGCAAGGUGGAGGGGGAGCGAACACCCAGCGGGGGAGAAGAAAAACCACACAGCAGGUUGCCAAGGCCGGUCUUCCUAUUGGCACGGAUCAAAUCUGCAGGAACCAGCCAACACUAGAUUACCACUCUGAUCCAUCCAACAACCUCUACAGUGGGCCUAGUUUAAUGUCUUCCAGUCCCUCCAUUCGACCGAUGUGUUCUCAUGCUGCAUCAUAUGUUUCCGCAGCACCAUCCCAUCUCUACAGCCCGCAGUUUGCUCCUCCAGCUCCUCCGCCUCAUGAGGACGAGCCUGAGCACAUCGAUCGUUUGUUGGAGGAGGUCUUUCAGGAUCUGGACAUCUUACCAAACAACAAAGCUCCUCUUUCACAGUGUCUUUCAACAGGCAGCGACACUUCUGGCAACUCUGCUAUCCAAAACAAACACCAGGCCCAGAUUAGCAGCUCUGAGAUGCCAGUGCUGCAGCAGCAAUGUGAGGGGGAGCUGAAUGACAUUCUGGAUAACUUAAUCCAAUCAUUUGAGCAGCCUGAUGAAAGCAAUAACACCAGGAAGGAGAACGAGACGCUCGUUGAGAGCUCUCCAGAAGCCAGACAGCCAGUCGCUUUCCAGAGGAAACACGAAACAGCCAAGAUUCACGAAGAAACCCCUCACACACCUUCUCUACAGCGCAUAGUCAAUCACUGUAGAUUGAGGGAGGAGCUGGAGCUGGCCAAGAAGGAGCCAAGGAGACAUGGAAACAUGUUUGAGGAGGACCAGAGUCAGGAGGCGCAGCAAGGCGGAGGGGGAGCGAACACCCAGCGGAAACCCCUCACACACCUUCUCUACAGCGAAGGUGUAGAGAAGGUGGUGUUCACCAAUUGUUCAACACCUGGUGAACACCUGUACACCAGGUGUUCUCAAACACCUGGUGUACAGAGGGGUUAUACCGGACUACCAGACACCCAGGAUGUUUCCUCUAGAAACUCCAAAUCCAUCAAACAAGCAAGGAGGCCAAAGAGAAGGAGGGCAAACACGUAUCUGUUUUCAUUAGAGAAGAGAAAGGUGAAGAAGCUGGCACCGCCACUGAACUCAAAGGCCACGUCGGGUCAGCAACAGCAGGAGAAGCAGCUGCAGCAUACACCGGUGGUAAAACUGGCCAGAGACAACUUGCUGUCAGUCAGAGAGGCGCUGCAGGGAAACAACUGUGAGGAAAAGAGUCCACCACCAUUAAAGAAAAAAUCCCAUUUUGGCCGUUUCAGAAGGCACUUUGUCACAAAGUUCUACCCAGUCAGGAGCAGAUUUAGGGAUCCACAAAUCCAGAACCUUUUGCCUUUUCUGGAGGAGGAUCCUGUACAGACAACAACACCACCAAAACGAAGGCAUGGCAGGCCGAAGAAAAAUGGAAAUCUUCUUAGUUCAUCUCAUGUUGAGAGUACAACAACUUCAAAGAGCAACUCUGAGACGGAAACAUGUGAAACAGUCAUUGUGGAGGAUGAUGUAGAUGUGGUUGGAGGUAUGGGGCCAGCCCCUGAACCUGUCACCAUAACCUGGACAGACUCCUCAGAGGAAGAAAUUGAUGUUGAGAUCUGAUUCAAAGAAGUUAGUUAUUUUCAUAGGUUUACAGGUUUUCACAGCUAAUUUGUGGCUGUUCCGUUUGUUUUAGCUGUCAACAAAACCGUUUGGAGGGUUUUAAACCAAAGGGUAAGAGGUAUUUUAUCUUAGUUGUAAAUAUGUUCAGCAAUCAGAUUCAGAUGUGUAAGAUCAGGGAUAUUUUUAAAAGUUACAAAGCAGUGUUUGAAGAAUGGAGUCUUCUGGUUUACAGCAUUUUCAUGUCGUAGCAUGGCCUAGUCAAAGUCCAGGCCUGCAGCCAGCUAAGUAUCUGUAGCAACACUUGAAAAUUGCUCUUCACAGAUGUCCUUAUUCUGAUGAGACUGAAAUUGAUCUGUUUCAUAAAGUAAAAUUAGAAAAAUGUUAAAUGUUUCACAAAGUUGUGACUCAGGGGAAUGUACAGUUUUUCUUUAUAUGGGCAUCUGACUAGAAUGACUUUAGAAAGUAAUAGAAACCGACUUCUCUAUCUGUGAGGUGCAUCUGAACAAGUUUCCAAAUUUCUAGAUGGAUUUGCAUUAAAUUGGGAACUGGCGCCCCCUUGUGUUGACAGGCGCUGCCUGCUUGCAGCUGAAAAUUGGUAAAUAAGUCUUGUUUGUCGCACUUUUCCCAUGUGGGAUGAAACGUAAAUAAUUCUGUUGCAUCUUCAUUUCAAUUAGUUUCUGAGCGCCAUGUUUAGCAGCUCCAGUUGGGGGUGUAACGUUUUCAUAAACUGGAACUGUUUCUGUCUCUAGUGGGGGAGUGACGGGACGAACGGCUCGCCCAGGGCAAUGUUCAUGCAAGAACCGCCGCUGUCAUGGGCUGACUAUAUGCACAAAAACACUUUUUAAAAUUUUGUUUCCAAAAACUUAACAUUUUCCCUUCAAAUCUUUUAAAUGUCAUGUCACAUACGCUAAAAUCCAAAUAAAAGAGAUUGACGUUUGUUUGGUAAUAUGUUGGAAAAUUGCUGAAUAAAUGCUUCUGUUUGCACCUGAAAUGUUAAAACUUUUGAUUAUAUCUUCUAAAGUUUGCUUUUUUUGGCCCGUUUAGUUUAACCUUUUCAUCCGAUAGAUUCUAAGUUUGCAUUCAUAUCUUAGUUUUUUUCUCUUUUUGCAUUGUUUUCAAUGAUUCGCCCACAUUAAAGCCAUCUGAAAUAAUUUAUCCUUUGUUUAAAUAAUUGCCAUGUCGUUUGAGGGAAGAGGGAAGGAAUAAAACAAAAACACGUGAAGUAAAAUGACUUUAUUAGUAAUCAGCCUGUGGAUCGGUUUCCUUCACACAAACAACACAUUUGAGCUGCACCUCUGCUUCAUUCAGCAGAGGGGAUUAUUCCCUGGGUCUCCAGGUUUCACACCUGUCUGAUCGAUUUCCUGUCCUCUCCGCUGAGAUCGGGUUAGAAUACAGCUCAGGUGUGUGCCUGAUGCGUGGAGGAGCCUUUAAACCAAAUAAAAAGACACUGAGCAUCAUUAAUGUCAGCAUGUGUGUGAAGUGUGUAAUUCCCUGUGC